UUGAUACUUGUCCCCCCAAUUUAUUCUUUGUUUAUUAUUUGAAUUAGAAAAUCUCAUUUGGUUUGUUCUAUAGGUACUGUUGUCUCUCCUAUCAUCUUUCCAUAUUUAAUUAUAUUUUUUUAUCAAAGAUUUUAGAUAAAAAUAAAUUGGUGAUAAAAUUAGUUCGUUCCUUAAUUUACAUAUUUAUAGCAGGUUCUUAGCCUGUUUAUAGGUAAGGGCUUACAUAACUAUCCAAGAAGCGAGAACAAACAAACAAGGUUUACGAAGCCACAUUAUUGCAAAGAAGGUUUAGAAGAAAAAGAAAGAACAAAGCUAGUGUGAUGGAGCUUUCUUCCUUUUUAUUUUGUCUGAAAAUGAGUCAUUCUUGUCUUCUUACUUUCUGUUUUUAUUCUUUUUCAUUGUUGUUGCUAGUGGUGGUGGUCAUGUGUGUUGUACAAUGGAUGUAGAUAUGAUCUUUGUGUAGUUGCAAUAAUUCAUAUAGUUGUUGCUUUUUCUUUGUUGCUAGUGGAGCCAACGUUCCUUCUAUAUUAAUGAAGUCUUUAGUUAGAUUUGUAAUUAGACUCCAUUCUUCUGUAGUGAACAGUGUCUUGGAAUUACUAAUGAUGACUUUGUGGUUGCUUCCAUAAUUGACCUUGAGGUUGCCCGUUGGGUUGAUGUAGUAAAUGCUUGACAUACCGAAAAUAAUGAGUUCACUUGAUAGUCCACUGGUAUUUUGAUUGUCUUCAUGAGAUCAUCCAUCGUUGGAUAAUUUCCAUUUGAGACUCCCGUUUUUAUGAGGGCCUUUGAUGGUAUAGUCAUUUCUUCUUGGCUGAAUAUUGGGUUACUGGAUGUAUACCUUAGAUAAAUCUCUCUUCAUUUGGCAAAGAAUUCAAAAUAUUUUUUCACAGUCAUCUUGAAUUUAAUAGGAAAUUCGUCGAAGAUGUUAAUCUUUUUGGUGUAGAUUGUGUCCAAUAAUCCAUAUCGAUGAAGAGCAAAAUAGUGUUGCUAGUGAAGCUUAUUCUGUCACUACUGCCUUUGGUCCACCUUUGAAUGUAGGGUAAAACCCAUGGUAAUAUGGAUUUCUCUAUAGUUUGAGAAGAUAAUUUCAACAUUUAUGGAAUUUCUGAAGAGAGGGUUUUUUAGCUUCUUACCUUUUCUUUGUGGUCUAGAUAUUUUUAUAUAGAUACCAGGAAUUCUCAUCGUCAAAUGUUGUUGUGGAGUGACCAGUUCUACUUUUUGCCUCAUGGCAAGAGUUUUGUUUGAUUCUUUGGGUGCUUGUUCUGCUUCCUCAUUAGUUGUGAAUGACUAAUGCUUGACAUUAUGCCCGAUAAUACGUUGGGAUGUUAUUGCGCAACUGGUAUAAACCCCUCGAAAUGGUUUGUCAUAAAUGACAUACCAUUUUUUUAUUUCCUUUUAUCUUCUUCAUAUUUUUUGGCCUCUUCUACCAGAUCUGCCCAUCCUGGGGAAAAAUAAUCAAGGGCUGGGGGUGAUUUGCGUGGGGAGAGAUGAGGUAUUUCAUGGUGAGGAAGGGUUUUUUUUUUUCUUUUGAUGAUGAGGGCCGCUCGGUCCUUUAAUCAUCCAAUUUUUUCCCCUUUUCACUAAUAGUAAUAAUAUAAUAAUAGGGAUUUCCUACAAUAACUUGAAGUAAGUAACUUGAAUUUUUUUACCUGCGAUAGCAGGUUUCACAGGCCGCAUUACGUAAGAUACAAUAGGCAUUACGUAAUGGUUACGUAACAUAUGGUAAUCUUACGUAACACUUGUAAAAGAUCAUUACGGAAGCCUUACGUAAUAGAAUGUGUCUUUACGUAAUGAGUAUUAACCUCGCGUUACGUAAAAUGUUAAGUCAUUACGGAAACCUUACGUAACGCUACUGAUUUAACUGUUACGUAAGAAAUAGCUGUCCUUUCGUAAUAUUUACGUAAUGGAAGGUCUUUUUACGUAAUGAGUAUGAACCUCACGUUACGUAAAGUGUUAAGUCAUUACGAAAGCCUUACGUAACGCUUCCGAUUUAAUUGUUACGUAAGAAAUAACUAUCAUUUUGUAACCUUUACGUAAUUAAUGUGUAUUUUACGCAACAGUUGUAAAAUGUCAUUACGGAAGCCUUACAUAAUGGAAGGUCUCUUUACGUAAUGAGUACUAAUGUCGUGUUGCGUAAAGAGCUAAGUCAUUACGGAAGCUUUACGUAACGCUUCCGAUUUCACUGUUACGUAAAAAAUAACUAUCAUUCUGUAACCUUUACGUAAAGGGAGGUCUCUUUACGUAAUGAGUUUUAACCUCACGUUACGUAAAGUGCUAAGUUAUUACGGAAGUCUUACGUAACGCUUCUAAUUCAAAUAAGGAAAGGAUAAAAUAAGGAAAGCAAAUAAAUGUGAAAAAGGAAAGAAAAAACUAAGAAAUGUAAGUUAAGUGGGUGGUGAUCGGCAACCCCCUAUUGCCAAUUUUUUUUCUUAUUUUUUAUUUCUUUAAUCAAUGGUUUAAAAUAAGUUUGAUCGAUUUUAACAGUUUAGAUCUAUACAAGUUUAUUAACUUGAAAUUAUACCCAAGUUACCGUAGGAGGUCCCUAUAAUAAUAAUAUUAUUAUUAAUUAAUCCACAGUUGUAACUCUUCGUACGUAACCGUCAAUCCAACCAAUCAUUUAGUAUGGUCGAACCUGAACCCAAAUGUCUGGGUGUUACGUCCAUCUUCUCUGUCAUUGAUCGUAUGGGUGAACAAAACAACCCGCAAACCGGCCCACCCGUCCUGCUCGACCCAACCCACCUGUAUUUAUCGUCAAAAUUAAAGCUUAAGGUUGGGUGAGGGUUUUCUUUUUGUACAAUUUGUCUCUAUUGGGUUGGGUCCUGAUUCUGGGUAACACAACUCGUAGAACCCGACCCAACCCGUGUUGAACUAUUGUCAUAAAUGUAUGUAUAAAAUACAUAUUUGUGUUAUAAAUAAACAUAUUUGUGAGAAAAUUAAGGUAUCUUAUCAUAUUUUCUCUUGUGGUUUCUCUAGUCCAAUACAUUCUUCAACUUAAUAUUUAGACGUAGAUUUAAUAUAAACUAUGAUUCACGUAAUCUUUUUUUUUUAGUAUACAAUUUUAGAAGAAAAACAUAUAUUAUGAAUGUGUUAGCUUAUAACUAUUUUAGCUUACUUCGACAAAUAUUUAUGAAAAAACUAGACAUAUGUUGAAGUAAUUGCAUUACAUUAAAAUCCAAACAAUAUUUAUGCAUAUUGAAACAUUUUGCCUCGAUUGAUUUAUUUAAAAUCUUAAUUAGUUAUAAUAAUAGCCUUUUUGUGUUGGGUUGGAUAUUUAAUUAAAAGUAUCUCCAACCCGAUCCAACCCAACUAUAAACAAACAAUAGGGUUUUAGUUUUUUUUUUUGUUGGGUUGGAUUUAACAUUUUCAAAAUCGUAGUAUAUGGGUCGGGUGAUUAAAAUGACCAAACUCGAACCACCCAACCCAUGUACACCCCUUGAUCAAAACACUACUUGCCAUUUGUCAAAAUACCUAAUCCACAAUUCUACAAUUAUCUCAAUAAUUCUACAAAACUCUAAAUGCAGCUGCCAACUACCCAACUACUUUUAAUAAUUAAACUAGAAAUACCCUACUCUACCUGCCAGCUAGCUUGGCCUAAACACAACCACAUGUCAAAGCUUCCCACUUAAUUCAUUAUUGUGUCCAGAGCUUUCCUUAUGGCGGUGGAGACCUUGGGAUGGCAUUAUAAAUACAAAGCCUCAUUGAGGCAUGUAAGGUAGAGUGAGCUAGAGAGCAUAGGCUCCUCUCAAGGGUUAAGGCAACAAACUUGCCUAAUCCGUUAUAGGAAAAUGUGGGCAGUGUUUGUGAUGGUAGAAGUAGAACAAUCAAGAGCAGCAUCUCUAAUGUAAAAGGCAACAAUUGCCUAGUUGCGUGAGAUAUUAUAAUUGAAAUAAUUUCCUCUAAUAUUUUCGAUCCUAAACCCACUACAUAUUUCUGCUGUACCCCCAACAAAUUUGGUAUCAGAGCCGAUACUACUUUCCUAUUCUCCUAAACCAUCCUCAUAUAUCCUACAAAAAUAAAAACCAAAGAUCAUGGCAGCAGUCCAAGCGAACGCAAUGUUCGUAAAUAUCCCCGGUUAGAUCCCAAUCUUCGAAGGUGAAUUCUACAAGUACCAGAGUGAAGAAAUGAAGACAAUCUUCAUCGCUCAAGACUUGUGGGAUUUCUUCCAAGAAGCUUAUGAGGAGGUCAUGACGAAGCAAGACUUUGGCAAAAUGUCAGAAGCAGAGGAUGAACUACCAAGCAGGUUCAAGACCGUAGAGGAAAAUCCGACCGUAACAUCUAAUACUGCAUUACAUGUCACAAGAUGGGACAGACAACAAAAUGUUGCAAGUUCAAAUGCAGGAAGAAGACCAAGAAGAUGAAAAAGCAAAUUCACUCAAGGUGGAGAAAUUAAUCAGGUGUCACUCGCAGGCAUCGAAUAUGGUAAAAAUUCACAACCAUAAAUUGCGGAUUAAGAGGGGGUGUCAAAAUACCUAAUCCACAAUUCUACAAUUAUCUCAAUAAUUCUACAAAACUCUAAAUGCAGCAGCCAACUACCCAACUACCUUUAAUAAUUAAACUAGAAAUACCCUACUCUACACGCCAGCUAGCUUGGCCUAAACACAACCACAUGUCAAAGCUGCCCACUUAAUUCAUUAUUGUGUCCAGAGCUUUCCUUAUGGUGGUGGAAACCUUGGGAUGGCAUUAUAAAUACAAAGCCUCAUUGAGGCAUGUAAGGUAGAGUGAGCUAGAGAGCAUAGGCUCCUCUCAAGGGUUAAGACAACAAACUUGCCUAAUCCGUUAUGGGAAAAUGUGAGCAGUGUUUGUGAGAGUAGAAGUAGAACAAUCAAGAGCAGCAACUCUAAUGUAAAGGACAACAAUUGCCUAGUUGUAUGAGAUAUUAGAAUUGAAAUAAUUCCUCUGAUAUUUUUUAUCCUAAACCCACUACAUAUUUCCGCUGUGCCCCAACACAAUUGACCCCGCAGAACACCAACAUGUUAGUGUUGUAUUACGCAAUGAAGUGAGUUGUGAUAUGUUUGUUUCUGUAUCUGUAUGCAUCUCUUGUCUUCCGUUUCCUUAGAAACUGCAAUAUGCUUUGCUGUUUGUGUUGAAGUUUAUAAUUGGAUCUUCCUGUCCAGCUUCAACAAUCAUUUUUCAUUGUUGAGAUGUUUAAAUACUCUCUGUGCCUGGUGCUGCUCCUUUUUACUUCUAGCUGUAUGAGGGACUGUUUCAUAUCUUUUUUUUUUGGUAGAAAAACUGUUUCAUAUCUUGAGCAUUGGCUUCACUUGCUUGUCUUGGUCUAAGAGAACAUGUGUCCUUAGGAUUUGAACUUCAUUUACCUAGAAAUGAUCGUUUUGCUCAAGUAUCCAUUCAGGCUUGCUUUGUGUUUUUUACCAUUCUUCUCCACAUGCCUAGUUAAGCUAAUAAUAAUAUUAGGCUGGUUGGCCGUGGCAACAAAUUGUUUUCAGCCCUGGUCCGGGGAGAGGGGGGGGGGGGGGGGAGUUUAUGUCAUUUAUAGAUUGUGGGUGUGGGCCUAAGUAUAGGGGUGUUCAAAUGGUUACCAUGGUUAUAACCAAAUCAAACAAGGCUAAAUUCCAUUAAUCAUUGAAUACAAUAUCAUAACCAAACCGUCCAAACUAAUACAACAACCAAAUUAACCAAACUAAAGUUUAAUCGGUUUGGUUAAUUGGUUAACCAGAUUAACCAAUAUAAAAUCACAUUAUCAUUGACGAUGAAAAAUUUUCGGUUAAUGCAACAAUUCACAAUUUAUAUAAUGAAUAAAACAUAACAAUCAACAAGUAGUUAUAGUUGACCCUUAACAAAAAUACAUGCAAUUA